CAGGGUGUCGACAUUUCCGACAUCGAGGUGAUCGUCCAGUGGCGGGUGACAUACCCGAUGAACGCGCUAUGGCAGCGCUUCGGUCGUGCAGCUAGGGGGGCUGGGAAGGAAGCUAUUGCGGUGCUGUUAGCGGAGCCAAAGUACUUUGAUGAUGAAAAGGCACUCACCGCUUAG